AUGCAGCCAACCACUAAGAGCGAUGGGUACAGUUUCGGCGUGGUGCUGCUAGAGCUGGUCACAGGGAGGCUUCCUAUCUUGCACAGCCCUCAGCCCACCAGCGUCAUCCAGUGGACACGGCAGCACCUGGCGGGCGUGGUGGACGCGUCCAUGGGAGGCGACCAUGAUGUCAACAGCGUGUGGAAAGCCACGGAGAUCGCGCUCCAGUGCACCGAGCAGGCGUCGGCGCAGCGCCCCACCAUGACCGACGUGGUGGCGCAGCUCCUGGAGUGCCUCGACCUCGAGAAGGGGCGCACAGGGGGCGACGCCAACAAAAGCUUCUUCUCCAACCGAGACAGCGGCGACAAGACCUUGGGUUACAAUGCGCACGUUGCUAACCAAUCCACUGACGUUAGCCAGAGCAGUGCAUUUGAAAUGAUGCCAAUGAUGGCUACAUGUCCUGCCACGAGGUAA